CUGAGAGUGUUCGAAGAAAGUAGCAUUACCAUCCAGAAAUGAAGUUCUCCAAAGAGACAGCCCGAAUCUAAUCGGCAAGGUGACACUGUUCGAUGUAUCUGGGGGUCUAACCGUGAAAGAAAAGUCUUUGAUCGCUAUCGAAACACAUGGAGUUUAAUAAACUUUAGUAAUUGUAACUCGUAAGUGUUUGCGCGAAUAUGGUGAGUAGAUAUUUUAAAUAUGAAUACACAGACGAUAAGAUGGAGAGCUGAACUACGUACUGAGUGGUAUCUAUUAUGUCACGGCUCCAUGUAACUUCCAUUUCUGCAGUCAUUGAUACUCGGAUUGUGCAGGGGCUCUUACUCGCAGCACUGACUUUAAAUCGUACCAUUAAACCAGAAGGUUGUAAUUGGUCAACGGCACCGAAUCAAUGCAGGAAAUCAAUCUUUUUGGUUUGAUUCAGCUUAGUAGUGAGUGAUUCGGGGGUAUUUUUUAAUUCGCAAAUAUUAUUAUAACAAAUUUCGGUAAAUUAAAAGUGCAGUGAUAAAAGUAGUCCACUUAAUAUAAAAUAAAAUGGUGAAAAUCACAGAGAUUUGUUUGUUGUUAUGUUUUGUGUUCUGUGAAGUCAAAUGUGUACGCUCACAAGGUAUUAUCCAACAAGCGUUGUAUCUUGGGGAUGCUUCCACCUACAAUACAACGCGCGACGACUGUGUUUGGAAGCGCGGAUUAGAUAUAUAUGACAAAUGUCCUGAUCCGGAUAUUAAUUUAUACUUAUAUUCGCAGAUAAAUGAAACCAAGGACAGGUUGGACAUCAAUCAGAGGGAUUGGCUUCGGAACUCCAGAUGGGACCCCCAGAAGGAUAAUAUCUUUAUAAUUCAUGGAUAUGCAGGUAGCGACGAUUCCUUGCCAAUCACAGUUCUUAGAGACGCUUAUUUGAAACAUGGAACCUUCAAUGUCUUCAUGGCCGAUUGGGGAGCAUUGGCCAAACCGCCAUGCUAUGUAUCAGCCGUUCAUAAUCUAAAAUCCGUGGCACGUUGUUUGGCUGAAAGCUUCACAUUUCUGCGUGAUUCCGGCCUAAAAGUGGAGAAAACAACUUGCGUGGGUCACUCACUUGGGGCUCACAUAUGCGGCCUGAUUUCAAAUUAUCUUAGUUUUCGCGUUGAAAGGAUUAUUGCACUUGACCCAGCACGUCCUCUUAUAAAACCUGGUAACGCGAAUCGUUUGGACAGUGGAGAUGCUAAGGCAGUUCAUGUUAUCCAUACUAAUGCUGGAUAUUAUGGAGAAAACAGCAGAGUAGGACAUGUGGAUUUCUGUGUUAAUGGUGGUAAACGACAACCAUACUGUGCAACUACAAGUAAUGAGAACCUGUGCAGUCAUAUUUGGUCCAUUUGUUACCUAGCUCAGAGUAUUUUUGCGGAAAAUGAACCUCAUGCAGAACCAUGUGCACGACGAUGCCCAUCCGGAAUUGGCAGCAAAUCACGAAGUGCAAUUUUCAGAAGAGAUCGAAGUUUGGCACGAUAUGCUGUUCGGAACGCAAUUCCGAUGGGACAGCACACCCCAGUGAAUGCUCUCGGAUCGUAUUGUUUGAAAGAUAACACGCCCCCCUUCUGCCCAACUUCGCCAGACUCGAUUGGAGAUCACAGAUGCUGCCUUCACAAAGCUACUAGAGAUUAAGGACUUUAGUGCUGUUGAACAAUUUUUAAUUUUUAUUUGUUACC